CGCAGUUCUCAUCUGCCGCUCAGGUGACUCACUUUACACCAAAGGGACUGAGACUGAAGGAACAGGUAACAUCUGCGUGGUCCUGCGCUGCACAGCUGGCUCUACAUCAGGAAUGGAGAACAAUAACUCGGCCAAGAUGAUGAACAACACUGACUCUGAAAGCUUCUUCAUCGCGCAGGUCCUUCCUCCUCUCUACAUCAUCAUCUUCAUUGUGGGAAUAUGUCUGAAUGCGGUGGCUGCCUGGAUCUUCUUCAGAGUCCCGGCCGACUCGGGACUGGUUGUCUACUUGAAGAAUAUGGUGGUGGCUGACCUCCUCAUGCUGUUCUCCAUCCCUUUCAGAGUGGCCAAUUACUUUGGUUUUAAUAGUUGGUAUCUAGAGAUGAUCAAGUGUCGCUACACUGCUGUGCUGUUCUACUUUUCCAUGUAUGUGGGAAUCUUCUUCAUUGGCCUCAUUAGCCUUGAGCGCUACGUCAAGGUUGUUUACCUUGCUCCUUCUUCCUCCACCAUCACCUCCUCAUGGUCCAGAUGUAAUCCAGUGUCUAUACUACACCUUAUACAGAGUGCCACCUUUGCCCGGGUUCUGGCAGUCCUCACAUGGAGUCUCUUUUUCAUUUGUUGUUCCCCCAAUUGCAUACUGACAAGCAAUCUGUCCAGAAACAUCACUAAAUGCAUGGACAUGAAAACACCUCUGGGGAAGCAGUGGCACAAUGCGUCUAGCAUGGCCAGCGUGUCUGUGUUCUGGGUGACACUCAUUAUAGUGACCUUUUCAUACAUGUCUAUCGCUCACCAGGUGUGUAAGACGUACCGCAGAAUGCGACGCGACACAAGUGACAUUUGCCGCAAGUCCAACCGCAGCAUCUUUAGCAUCCUGGCAGUGUUUUUCAUCUGCUUUGUGCCGUACCACAUCUGCCGGGUGCCGUUCACUCUGAGCCAGGAUUCCGAUAACAACUUCUCUGACAACACCAAGUUUUGGCUUCUGCAGAUAAAGGAGGGAACACUCUUCAUGUCCGCAAUGAAUGUCUGCCUUGACCCUGUGAUCUACUUCCUGAUGUGUGGAACGUUCAGAGACUCCCUUAUAAGGAAACUGUCAGGGAGACAGAGAAGUAGGUCACUGACCACCGCUCAGAGCCUUAGCAACAUCUAGGAGACGAGGACAAGGAGUAAGGAGACAGGAGGAGACUAAGGACAAAGAAAUGUAAAGCCAGGAGAAAAUGGGCAAAAGAGAGACUGAGGUAAUUAGAGGAAAUCCAUAAAAAACCAACAAUGCUGGAAUUCAUGGUGACCAAAGUCAUUCAACGAGGGCUGGUAUCUUACAUGUUUUAGCUCAAUCACUGCCUAUCUACAGAUGGCCCAUUACCAGACUCCUUGUUGUCAUUGCGGCUUCAAUCGUGUUGGAGCAAGAAGACAUCUAAAACAUGCAUAACACCAGCACUUGGCAAUCGAAGUUUCCAAACCCUUAUAGAGGAUGUGAGGAAACAGGAGACGCGAAGUGAUGAAAGAGGACAGACGAGACAUAAUAGUAAACAUAAACUAUAAGGCCAUCAACAAGAACCCAAACACAUCAACAACAACCUUGACUCCUUGACAUUCUGCCUCUGGAUCAUGAGAUGACUGUUAUUGUGAGCCGUUGCCAUGGAUACACAUAAUCAUCACCCUAAUCAGUGUUGUUCAAGUUGAGAUAAACAGACUUUUUGUUUACUUCACUGCUCCACUGAAAACCUGUGUGCAAAUAUAGUUCACUUUUUCUCUGUUUGUGAGUAAGUAAAGCUGAGUUGUUGUCCGCUCAUUGUGCUGUUUCCAGGUUGGACCCCAUGGUGCCUUAGUAAUUGCCCUAAUUCUUCAUGUUGUGGUUUUAAACAAAGUGUCAGAAGAGUUGUUGUUUCUUAUCAGCAUAAAGAUCUACAGGUCCUGCUCUACCACAUUCAAAAGUCGACCUGCUUAACUGAGAUCUGGUGACCGUGAACCUGUUGAGUUGCUUCAGAAAACCAUUAAAGUUUGUCUGAACCUUUGGACAUCUACUGGAAUUAGCCUUAAGAUAACUUGUCCUCUCUGGUCUCUGUCAAGAAAAAAAGAAAGAGGAAAUGUUGGAGAGUGAAGUAAAACUGGAUUAUGAUGACCGAGCAGAAACGCUGCGAUAGCUGCAAAGUCAUAAUGGUUCAUCUGAGUC